CAUGAAUAAUGAACUGACUAAACUCCAAAAAUCAAUUUCUUCUCAUAUGCCAAAACCCAUAAAUCUAAAAACAGUCGGAAAAAAGAAAAAGAAAAAGAAAAAAAGAAGAGAGAGCGCGCCUUCUAUUUUAUAAGCAAAUAUAAAAACACCGAAGAGGCAAAAGGAACAGGUCCAAGCAUGUAUGUGUGUACUUUUCAGCGUGGUCAAAUAGUCAAUUGACAAAACAGUAAACCGCAUGGAGAACGAACGCCUCGGAACGCCGUCGUUUACGCCCAAACCACCGCCAGAAUACAGAGGCGCCGGUGGCAAGUUUAGAAAACCACCGUCGCGUAGGCAGCUAUCCACACCCUACGCUCGUCCACCGCCGAACCAGGCUCAACACGGCGGCGGAGGCGGCCGCCGUUGGCUUUCUAAACUGGUGGAUCCUGCUUACCGCCUUAUCGUCGGCGGCGCCAACUUAUUCUUACCUUCGUUUCUCUUCAAAUCGGGAUCAAUCAAUGCACUCCCUGGUCCUACUGAUCAAGACGAACAAAAUGACGAUAACUUGCAAGCGGAGGUGCAACCGAAACAAAAUCCUACUGGUGCUGUAAACGACGACGUCGUUCAGAAUCUGGAAUCUGGACCAACUGGAUUGGCUGGUACUAGCAAAGUAGCAGAUUCCCAUUCUGACUUUGAUGGGUAUGAACAGAACCAACAAGUUCAAGUUUCUGAUCCUAAUGGAAUUUCUAAAAUUGAGCAACUAAUGAAGGAUCAAAGACUUUCCAGGGAUGAAAUUAACCGUCUGAUAGAGAUUUUGAAUUCGAGGGGUGUUGAUCUUCCUGAUGUUGAGCACGAAAACGAAUGUAUAGGCACCCCUGCAGGAGAUCUUGGAGAACAUGCACGUGCCCCUGAAUAUUCUGGGAAGUUAACAGAAGCAAAGAAAGAAGAUUUCAGUAGUUCCAUUUGGGAAACCUCUAAAAUUAAUGAAAGAAAAUAUUCAAGUGCAAUUCUAAUAGAUGAUGGCAACAAGGCAAAUGCUUUUGAAAAUUCAAGAAAGUCUAUUGAAGAAAAGAACGGGGAUUUGGAUGGAGGUCUUUGGAAAUCAUCAACCCCUCUUUCCGAGUCAAAAUUUGCAAUCUGGCAGCUACAAAAUAAUGUUGGCGCUUCACCGAUUGAAAUUGCGAGAGCAUAUAUGGAAAAUCGAACAUUAGGCAUAGGCUUUGGUACUAAUAGCUUAAUAUCAAAAGAUGAAGGAAAAGUGCCACGUGGUGACGAGCUUGCGGUGAAAUCCUAUAUUCCAUCACCUGCUCCUAAGUCAUCCCCAUGCUGGCCAGGUGCCUCAGUAGAAGAUCAGCGUGGGUAUAUGACCCCACAAAGUCAAAGAGGGAGGUUUGGGCUUCACAAUUUUCCCCGAACCCCUUAUUCCAGAAGUAUUUAUACAAAGACCAAGUCCAGGUCGAUUCAGUUACAGGCCAAUAGUGAUAGGCCACCUGGCAUGAUCUCAACUCCUUUCCAGCAGAUUCAAGCUCCAUCAUUUGGAAAGCUAAAUCCAAGGGGCAAGACAUUAAAUGAUGGCCAUGGAUCUGUGGGACCUAUUCGCAGGAUACGGCAUAAAGGUGUAGCAGAAACCCCCUCCAGAGGAUCUGCUUAUUUUCAUUCGCCUUUAAAUGGUGGUCAGGUGGAAAACUUCAGUGUUUCAGAAGGCUUAUUUUCUGCACCUUGGACAAACUUGGAAAACAGAGUAACAAAUAGCUCUGCGAAAGUACAGUCAAUCGGCAGUAAGGCACAAAGCUCUGAAGUCAGUGUCCUAAUCAGUAAGCCUCAAUGUUCUGAAGUCAGUGUCCCCACUGUUCCUGCACAUUCUAGUCAGGUGGCUAAGAAAAUAUUAGAGCACCUUGAGAGAAAUCCACCUACUCCUAAAGAUAAGUCUGCUGAGUUGAGGCUAGCCACUUCAUGGAAGAAACCUGAAUCCUCGGAUGUAGCUACUUUCAUGCCCAAAAAGCUUAAUAGGCUAACACGUUUUGGAGGUCUUAAUUCUGCUGAAAAAACCUUUGAAGUUGACAAGAAGGAUUCUCAGGAAUCUGCUAAUGAGGUUAAUGUUGCUGUAAAUAAUAACACUUCAACUUCUGACAUAAAACUUGCGACUGCUUCAACACUUGGUGAUUAUACUAGGCCUUCACCAGAUUUCAGAAAACCUCAGGAUUUUCAAUUCAUGAAUGUAACUAAGGAUGCUUCAAAGGUUGUGCCAAAUGCUGCUGGUUCUGAGGUAUUAAGUUUCCAGAAGCUUCCACCUCAAUCGUCCAGUACAAAACCGGUGUUGCCUUCUAUUGCCAUCAAUAAGAGUAACCAAAGGUGGAAUUUUUCUUCUUCUGACAAUAGCUUGGGAUUUACCUUCCCCGUUUCUGCAGCCUCUGGGGUGUCAUCGGAGCCACCUACACCAUCCAUCAUGCCUUCAUCCUCAGCCAUCGGUCAGCUUCAACAGAGUGAGGGAUCGCUAAGUCAGGUUCAACAAAAUGAUGGAUCAUCAAAUCAACUUCAACAAAAUGAAGGGUCGUCGAUUCCUUCUUACAGUUUUGGCACAAGGAGGACCGCUCCUCCCCUUGUUUUUUCAUUCCCUUCAACAAGCAGUACCCCUAUACUUGAUGAUGCAUCAGACGUGAAAUUCAAAUUUGGAUCAGAUGAGACAACAAGAUUAUCUUUUAGUUCAGUAGGCAAGGACGCCAUCUGCUAUUAAGUGGAAGGAUGACAUUUUGUGGAUAUUCUUUUACCCUUGAAUUUAAAUUUUUCAAUAUCAUUAGACGUUGAAUAUUCGUUUUUAAAAAGAAAUUGACGAGUGGAAUGGAGAUCUGGAAGGUAAUGUUAAGGGGCUAGGGUUUGAACUUUAAAGCCCUUAGGAUUGUUCCAUGGUUGGUCUAUGUUGGCCCAAAAACCUCUGGGGUAAUGACGGAUGGACAUUGAUUUUGGGGGGAGGCAAGACAAGAGUGGGUCAGAGGUGAUGACCCAGUUGUUCUGGUAUUGUCUUUAGAUUAGGUGGAUGAUUAAAGGGGGUACGCGGCUCAAAUUCUGAUCACGCAAAUGAGAAUUUGGCAUGGUAAAGAAAGAAAGAAAGAAAGGAACAAGAUGCCACAGGAAUCACAUGUUGCUUCCAAUUCUCAUUACAGGAAGAACUUAUCCCCAUUUCACCUAUCUAUUACUUUGUCACUUUGUGGGCCGAUUCUUCAGUGAUAAAUAUGUUACAAGUCUUUAUAUGUUUUUUCCCCUCUUUUUAGGAGAUGUUUAAGAUUCUUUUAAGCAACAUAUAUCUCACUUCCCUUUAUUCUUUGGGUGUGAAUAUAAGUACUGGGUACUUUAUUAGUUGUGUUA